CCAUCAGCACCGGUUCGCAGCCUGAUCUCGAUCCUUGCCACCGAACAUUGUACAGAUCAUCUCUCCUACAGCGACAACAGCGAUGGCCGGACGUGUGGCGCUGGCGGCGGUCCUGCUGUGCGCGGUGGCUGCCAUGGCCAUGGGGCAGUCAGCUUCCAACGUCCGCGCCACAUACCACUACUACUACCCGACGAGCAUCAACUGGGAUCUCUACACCGGCGCCAGCGCAUACUGUUCCACUUGGGACGGCGGUAGGCCGUUCUCCUGGCGCUCCAAGUACGGCUGGACCGCCUUCUGCGGUCCUGCUGGGACCAGAGGCCAGGCAUCAUGUGGCAAGUGCCUCCUGGUGACGAACACGGCAACCGGCGCGCAGACUAUCGCUAGGAUCGUCGACCAGUGCAGCAAUGGCGGCCUGGACCUGGACUUCGACACGGUGUUCAGCAAGAUCGACACCAACGGGAUGGGAGUGCAGCGUGGCCACCUUAUCGUCAACUACCAGUUUGUCAACUGCGGCGACAACGAACUGCUGCUCCAGCGCCAAGAGGAAUAACAAGCUAUGCAAAUGCAACUACCUGCAUCGUACUAAUAAAAUGGAAUAAAUUGGAUUGUGAUAUGAUGGAUCCAAGGUUUUACUUAUUUUCAAGGAGUCAUGGGAAGACAGUUUUUUUUUAAACCGUCAUGGGAAGACAGUUUAUAUGCAAAAACAACCAACUGGUGCUCCAAGGCGAAGAGAAAUAAGAAGCUACAUGUAAUGUUGUAUUU